CCGAGAUCGGCCCGUCCUCCCCCGGGAGCGGCCAUGGCGCGGCGCCGCUAGGUCUCCCUGCGGGGCCGGGUCGGGUCGAGCCGGGGCCGCUCCGCGAGUCGUAGGCCGGGAUGGGGCCGGAGGGCGGCCGGCAGGGCCCGGGGGUAGCGAGGGGCCGAGCAUCCUGCCGGGCCGCAGCGCUGAUGCUUCUGAUGCUCCUGGCCGCGCCCGCCGGGCUGCGCGCCGCCCUGGAGGAAGAGACCGGCAGGAACAAGGAGCCGCCUGCGCCGCCACAGCAGCAGCAGCCGCAGCCCGCGGUGCAGGGGCUAGAUCCGGGCCGGGCCGAGAAAUGGCCCACGCCAGUUCCUCCAGUUCAUCUUAUCAGUGAAGAAUCUGCUGAUAAAACUAAUUUGGGGUUUAUUCAUGCUUUUGUGGCUGCCAUAUCAGUCAUCAUUGUGUCAGAGCUGGGGGAUAAGACCUUCUUUAUUGCGGCCAUCAUGGCAAUGCGUUAUAAUCGUUUGACUGUAAUGGCUGGUGCCAUGCUUGCUUUAGGACUGAUGACAUGCUUAUCAGUUUUAUUUGGCUAUGCCACCACAGUUAUCCCCCGAGUGUACACAUACUAUGCGUCAACUGCACUCUUUGCAAUUUUUGGCAUCCGAAUGCUUCGGGAAGGCUUGAAGAUGAGCCCAGAUGAGGGUCAGGAGGAGCUGGAGGAAGUUCAAGCAGAAAUCAAGAAAAAAGAUGAAGAAUUCCAGAGAACGAAACUAUUAAAUGGGCCAGGAGAUGUGGAAACAGGGACAGGCACAAAUAUACCUCAGAAGAAGUGGCUGCAUUUUAUUUCUCCAAUUUUUGUUCAAGCUUUUACUUUAACAUUCGUAGCAGAAUGGGGUGAUCGCUCUCAGUUGACAACAAUAGUCCUGGCAGCAAGAGAGGAUCCCUAUGGUGUGGCAGUGGGAGGAACAGUAGGACACUGUCUAUGCACUGGGUUAGCAGUUAUUGGAGGAAGGAUGAUAGCACAAAAAAUUUCUGUUAGGACUGUGACAAUCAUAGGAGGCAUUGUUUUCUUGGCAUUUGCAUUCUCUGCACUAUUUAUAAGCCCGGAGUCUGGUUUUUAACAAGGUUUUUUUUUCAUUGUCUUUAAAGAGCAAGGAUUGGGAGGAACACGCUUGUCCGUCUAUGUUGCUGUAUAUAAUGUACAGGUAUUGUUGCUAAACAAGCACUGAAAAUGAGAUACUGCACUUCUAUAGCAAUGAUUUGUGAGUUUGGCACAUUCAUGGACCUUGUGCCAUGAAGAUCUGCUUCCUGUCUGGUUUGCAAGGUGUAUUUAAGUGGUGGUUGGGUGCCUCACAGGAUUUGAGUGGCUUUCUUGCUUGCUGAACCUGAUCAGAUGGCUUUUGAGGAUCUGCAUCCACAAACAUGAGGCUUCCUUCCUCUAUUCCACAUGAUCACUAUUGCUGUCUAUUCUAAAGCUUAUCCAUCUGGCUAAAGGAGCAGCCACCUUGCCAACAGGCAUUAUGAUGUUACAAAUUUCCCAAUAGUAAAUAUGAGGGAAAAAAUCAUUGACUUUCACACUUCACUUCCAGGAUACCCUGGUAGCUUAAGAAACCUGAGGGCAGCUCCUAUGCCAUUAAGUGACUGAGUCACCUAUUAAGUGACUGAGUCACCUAUUGAAAUGUUCAGAAUUAAUUUUAAAAAGCAAAUAUCUUAAUCAGGGGUCUUUGGUAUGAAGUCAACAAAAGUGCUGACUCACGAUGUACUGUUUUCAACAACAGACAAUCUGGCUAGAUCUGAUUUUCUUUAUUUAACCAGUUCUUUUUUGUAUUAAGUUGAAAACUUAUAAAUAUACAUCAUAGUAAUAAAAUGGUCAAUAUUUGACAAUGCUGCAUUCCCAAAUUUGAACAAUAAUGCAAUUCUUACAGAUUAAGUGGUGUUCAUAUUUUUUUUAAUAGUGUAAUGGGGGAAUGUAAAUAAAACAGUGGUGUCUCCAUUUUA